CCCGGGUUGACAAUUGUAGCGGGUGUGACGUUUCCCACAUCUCGUCGGCUAAGGAAAAUAUGCUGUUCUACGCCUUCUAAUCCGGAGAAUUUCAACCUUGUAAUGAAAUUGUAACCAAAGAGGACAGCUAUGAUUUCAUAAACUCAAUGGAACAUGGAAGUGUUCCCGUCAUUUCAACAUCCAUCCAAAAAGAACAACAGAACGUCUCGACAGGAACGUUUGGGUUUUGACAGAGCUUUCGACCGAAGUAGCAAGUUAUCAUUGCCCUGACUGAACCGCGAGACAGUUUGUAGACCAACUGCAAGCCUACCCAUCUCGCCCUUUCCUGGCCUGGGCUAACCGCCACACAGUGACAGGACUGUCUGUGUCGACUGCUGCCCAGAUGCCCGGUGGAGGAUGCCUUCGCAACAGCUAGACAUGGAGGUGAUGACACCCCUCAUCGAGAACCCUGGAGGAGGAGGGCAGGAGGAGGAGAACUCUGAAGAGGACCAGGAUCCAGAACUGCUGCCUGUCAGACACUAUGAGCUGGGCAACAGCCACCAGGGCAUCACGUUUACUCAGGCUCUCAUCCACCUGCUGAAGGGGAACAUUGGAACUGGGUUGCUGGGUCUUCCCCUGGCAGUACGCAACGCAGGGGUCAUAGUGGGGCCUCUUUGCCUGGUGCUGAUGGGUGUGGUCUGUGUUCACUGUAUGCACAUCCUGGUUAACUGUAGCCACCACCUGUGUGAGAGGUUGAAGAGACCUCCCCUGGGGUACAGUGACACAGUGGCCUUCUCCAUGGAGCACAGCUCCUACCAGUGCUUCAGGAAGAGUGCCAGAUUUGGGAGGCACCUGGUCAACUUCUUCCUGGUGUUGACACAGCUGGGAUUCUGCAGUGCAUACUUUGUGUUCCUGGCAGAGAAUAUAAAACAGGUCGUUGAGGGAUACCAAGGUGUAAACAUCACCCUGGCAGAUGAAUCCCUGUCAUUCGCCAACACCUCCAUGGUGCCAGCCCCGGUCCCUCUACCCACCAUGGUGCCCUCUGAGCCCUGGGCACUGGACCUGCGUCUUUACAUGCUCUUCUUCCUGCCCUUCCUCAUCCUGCUGGUGUUCAUGAAGGACCUGAAGAACAUGGCCGUCCUGUCGUUGCUGGCCAACGUCUGCAUGGCCGUCAGCGUCAUCAUCAUCUUCCAGUACAUCACGACGGAUUUUGGGGACCUUCAACGUCUCCCUCUCACUUCCCCCUUGGGCAAGUUCCCCUUCUUCUUCGGAACAGCCAUCUUUGCCUUCGAAGGCAUCGGAGUGGUUCUUCCUCUAGAGAACCAGAUGAAGGAACCGAAGCGGUUCCCCACGGCUCUAAACAUCGGGAUGGGUAUCACCAUCGUCCUCUACGUUGUCUUGGCAACGCUGGGCUACCUCCACUUUGGUGAUGACAUCAAAGGAAGCAUAACCCUUAACCUUCCUCACAACGCAUGGACCAAUCAGAUGGUGAAGAUCCUGUACUCCUUCGGAGUGUUUGUUAGCUUUGCCAUCCAGUUCUUCGUCCCGGCGGAGAUCAUGAUUCCCCCGGUCCAAGCGAGGCUAAGGAAGAGCUGGAGGGCACCCUGUGAGAUGAUCCUCAGAGGCCUGCUCGUCUGCCUCACCUUCUCCUUUGCUGUGCUGAUCCCUCGUCUGGACCUGGUCAUCUCCCUGGUGGGUGCCGUGUCCAGCAGUGCCCUGGCCCUGGUCUUCCCCCCCCUGGUGGAGCUCAUCACCUUCUCAGACCGACCGCUGAAGCCAGCCAUGUUGGUCAAGGACCUUGUCAUCGCUGUGGUGGGCUUCAUAGGGUUCCUGGCUGGGACCUAUGUCACCCUGGCCGAGAUCGUCUCUCCAGAGGAGCCUCCGGAGGUCAUCAGGGAGGCAGCUCAGAACCUGACUGUUGCUGCUGCUUCUGCUGUGGCUGGGGCCUUGGGGAUGUCUGAGGAGCUAGGUGGGAACUGGACCACACCUACUACUGCUGUGAACUUGGGAUGACCUUGGUUGACCUUAAAAUGACCUGUAGUCAUAGCUCCUAGGGCAACAGGAGAUUAAAUGACGAGCAGAUAAUGUGUUCACUUACAGAUUGCUUUUCAUAUGGUUGCUGGAUCCUUGUUUUGUCAAAUCUAUAGAAAAUGAAAUGGACAGCAUAGUCCCUGACGACGAUCUGACAGGAAUGCUCGAGUGUCCUUCCACACAGUGUAGUCAUUGGAACAUGAAGAGGUAGAACCAAACACACAUCAUAGAAACGUAGGAAAGACACUGUACUGUACACAGCCUAACCACACAGAACCCUUUCAUAUGGAUGUUAUGGACUGCGCAGACAUAAGAACAACAUUUGUGGCACACACACAAGUGUAAACAUCCCCAGCUAGCUUAUCCCACUCAUCACCAGCUUCAGCACAUUGCCCCGCAGUGAUCAGAGUUCUCUCUCCAUCUCCAGCAGAGCUAGUGUGACAUUUCCACUGCCUCAUCUCUAUCAGAGGGAAAAACUCAUCAAAAACGAAAUCAUGAAUGUAUGAUGUUGCAGGGAAACAACAGCCCUUCUUUAGCAGGUCCCACAGUACGUCAUCUGAAACCAGAUUCUCCUUCUUGUGUUGUUGGUGAUUCUAUAACCUCUGAUAUGGGUUUUCAACCCUUGGGGAGUGGGGCCUGUAGCCGCUAUCAAUUCUUAUGAUAAAUGUUCCCUCCAAGCUGCUCGCCCUCCUUCGGGCUGCCGCGCAGAUGAAAUAUCAGCCCACGCAGAGAAGCACGAGAUUGAACUUCACUCAAAUUUCUACAGUUUUCCUCUUUAGUUAACACCAUCAACGUUUCACACUACUGUGGGAAUUUUGCUCGAAUCAACGCAAUAUUAGCCACUUUCAAUGUAACAUACCGAAACAAAACGAGCUAUGCAAGAUUUAGUAUGCAAAACUAACUGUGCAAGAGAUUUUCUUUUAGGCAGAGCACAUUGGAAUAGGAUUCUAUAGAAUUUACAUGAAUAACUCAGGCCCAUAUGCUACACAGACCGGUGCACCAUAACCAAUCAGAGCUGCAGAAGGCCUAUAUGCAAAUAGCCAUUGCCAUAUAUGGAUCUGUGCCAUUCAGUUUGAAGUAGACAACAAGAGCGGUAUUGAGUAGAUGUGUUUGUUUUGAGAUCAAAGCGAGAACUGCAUAUAGCCACCUGUGCUCAUUUGUUCAUAUUCUUUGCUAGUUAGCGAGUUAUUAGCAAAUUUUUUGUCAACAAUCAGGGAGUGGUUGCUUCCUACAUGAACACAAAAUGCAUUUCUAGUCAUCUUUGAAAAGCAAGUCAAGUAAAGAGCUUUUUUUGUCUUAAAAGGGAAGUGUUGAAUUUUGAGACGGUUUUGAAUAAGCUAAAUAACUAGUAGGCAGAGGGUAGCAUAAUGUGUCUGAUUCUCUGCAAUAGUGGUAUGGGAAUAAUAACCAAUUGUAUUUUGUAAAGUGGUUUCUUGCAUCAAACAACACAACAUUUUCAGUCACCCUGCAUGUUUUAAAAAAGUCUCAUGUAAUGUAAUCAUACAUUGAACACCACUCAUUGGCUGCUACUGUAGGCCGAAUGAUAAAACAGCUAUGUCCAUGUUAAAAUGUUAUGGGAUACAUUUUCUCGAUUAUUUUUGAUGGUAGGCCUCUCUGGUAGGUCUACAUUAUGAUCAUCCAAAGUAGCCUACUUGGCUUGGCCACUGUUAAAACUGUAACUUAAAGCGGGUACAGCUUCAGUGUUCACAGUAAACUUGCUCUGGAAAUUGCACAGCAUUUUCACAAUGUUCAAGUUUGCGGUCAGCAGACCUGAAAUUUGCUGUGUCUUAAGGGAACAUUGAUUAUGAUCGACAACAACCUUUGAAAAUCAGAUCGGCAGUUACCAUCCUCAAUUCUGGCUUCAACUUUGACUCAUCUGCCCUGGGCUCUUUGUGUACCUCCGACCCAAUCUUCUGGCUACCCAAGUGAAAACACAGGUGAAAACGAGGCAGGAGAGCGGGCGUCCUGGUGAGACUAAGGCGAUGGGAAAAACGGCUUUGCAGCUUGUCUUCUCCUCUGGUUUAGUGUCUGUAGGAGCUAUACAGAUAGGAACACUAUCGAAAACCAAGAGACUCGGAGCCUUGCCCCUUCCUUCCCUGCCCCAUUUAACCAGGACUCAACCAAGACUCAAUUACAAACGCCUUCCAGGCUGCUCUCUGUGGCAGUAUCUUCCAGCACAGCAAUAUGAUGUAUAUUUAUUUAUAGAUAUAGGAGAAAAUAAUGUUUAACACUGAAAUGUCUGUCUGUUCAAUAAUGAUACAGUAGAAUUCAGCAAUGUCAGGAAGGAAGCCUUAACUGAUGAGAGGGAAUCCACUGGGGAACAACUGGUUAAAUCAAUGUUGUUUCCACGUCAUUUCAACAACAAAAUUCAAUGUGAAUGUUGAUGUUGAACUGACAUCUGUGCCCAGUGGGAAGGCUGUGAUUGGCUUCCUGUUCGAGAUUGACAAUGAAAAGACCCACAUCAUUCCAUAUCCAUUGGUUUGUUAGUAUGUUUACCGGAGUGAUUGGUUGGUUCUGUCAGUGUAUCAUAUGAUGACUAUGUCCUCUAUUCCAUUUCACUGCCUCUAAACCGACCAUUCCACAUGAUCAUGUCAUAGCUUUAAGUGUCCAAUUUGUCCCUCAGGACUUUCUACAGUCAUCUAUGGUAAUGAUAAUGUUCCAUCAGUUUAAUCAGUAAAGGUCAUAUGCAGCGUCCGCACACUAGUGAAUUUAUGGUGCAAUAAAGUAACUACUACCUGGUAAUAACUCAAACUCUGCUCCCUAUUACCGUCCAUCACAAAGUUCAACGACCUCUGUCUGAUCCUGCUGCGUUAUAAAACCUUUAAUGCUCAAGUCUUCAUUAUGUCUCAUUUGUUGCUCUGCUGUUAAACCUAAGUGUUAGUGUCAGACGGUGUUAAACAACGUCACAGGGCUCCAACAGUCUUUUCCACACAACGCCAACGUCACUCAAGACACGCUCAAUAACACCCUUGGUUUGUUCUGAGGGUGUCCUCCAGCGAGUUCCCCAAUUAAACCAAAAUAAUCGUAGCUGAUCGGUGAUGAUGGGCAUUAGAUGGUACGCUAACACUUCAAGCUAACUUCUAAAAGAACAGCAUCCGCCUCUCACAGGUACAAUGCACCAAUAUGUAUUAAUGACUUGUUUUGCAAAUUCAUCGUAUUUCCUUUUACAUGGAUGAGUUCCUCACUCCGCUGCUGUUCCCACCACCGCUGCCGAAUCCCGCCCAGACAUUCUACAACGAUUUGCUUUGUUGUGCCUUAAAGACAUCCAUUUAUCCCUGUUCUGUUCGUGGAGAAACCUUUUCAGUUGGAGCAAAGCGGAGGGGCGACGAUGAUUCACGGAUGAAUCCCUCCGCUCGGGAAAAACACUCUCAAAUAAAAGACUCUCUCGCUACAUGGAUUGAUAACCAAUGAGGAGUAGGAGUGUAAGAGUUGACAACAGACGACAGUUUUUACCACAACUUCCAAAUACAUUUCUAUUAUAAAGUUUCCUUUUGACAAAAAUGUUUAAGUUGUGUAUCUUUGAAACGGUCCUACAAAGUUAAGUUGUUUCCUUUUUUGACGUAUAACUUUCAUUCCAGAUUGUAAAAGGAGUAUUGUUGAAGUAUUUAGAAGGUGGUGGUACCUAGGGUCUGUAAUAGGAUCAUUGCAGGUAUAAGACUAGGUUAUAUUUAGGUGGGGAUCAUACCGGGGCGGCAGGUAGCCUGGUGGGUAGGAGAGGUUGCUGAAUCAAAUCCCCGAGCCAACAAGGUAAAAAUCUGUCGUUCUGCACCUGAGCAAGGCAGUUAACCCACAACAACAGUUGUUUCCCGGGCGCCGACAACGUGGAUGUCGAUUACGCCAGCCCCCUCGCACCUCUGAUUAAGAGGGGUUGGGUUAAAUGCAGAAGACACAUUUUUGAAUGCAUUGUUGUACAACUGACUAGAUAUUCCCUUUACUUUGUAUCAUGUGAGGAUAUACACUGAGUAUACCAAACAUUAGGAACACCUUAAUAUAUAUAUUUUUUAACUUCUUUAACUUUUUAACAUCUACAUUGAUUUGAAGUGGAUUUAACAGGUGACAUCAAUAAGGGAUCAUAUCUUUCACCUGGAUUCACCUGGUCAGUCCAUGUCAUGGAAAGAAUAGGUGCUAAUGUUUUGUACACUCAGUGUAUAUCAUGUACCACAUUUAUUAUGUAUUCAAUCGAUGUAACACACGUUAUUAUGAUUGAAUAAAUGAACAUAGAUUUACUGAGGAAA